AUGCCCGAGGUUCUUGGAAAGCAAGUUGGCCCUGUGGCCUAUGGCCUCAUGGGCUUCACAUGGCGCCCAAAUGCUACCCCUCUGGACCAGGCUAUUGAAGCCAUGCGCGCUGCCUCUAACAAUGGCUGCACGCUCUGGAGCGGCGCCGAGUUCUACGGACCCCCAGAGUACAAUAGCAUGACCCUGCUCAAGGCGUAUUUCACAAAGUAUCCCGAAGACGCAAACAAGAUCACCAUAGUUAUGAAAGGUACCUAUAAUCUCGAAAAGUUCCAGCUCGAUGGAUCUCCAGAGAACGUUCGAAGGUCAAUCGACAACGUGAUCAACCAGCUCGGCGGAACCAAAAAACUUGACAUCUUUGCGCCUUCAAGACGAGACCACAAAGUCCCUUUCGAGACGACCCUCAGCGUCAUUCAGAAGGAGUACGUCGAUACUGGCAAAGUUGGCGGCAUUGCUCUUUCAGAAUGCAGCGCCGAGACUAUCGAAGAGGCUGUCAAGAUUGCCAAGAUCAGCCUCGUUGAAGUUGAGCUCAGCUUGUUUAGCACAGACAUCUUGCGCAACGGCGUUGCUGCCGCUUGUGCUAAGCACAACAUCCCUAUCAUGGCCUAUUCACCCAUUGGACGUGGUAUUCUUACUGGCCGCUUUAAUAACAGCUCUGAGUUCCAGGGUCAAGGAAUUGCCAGCAAGUUUCCUCGUUUCCAACCCGAAGCGUUCCAGCACAACCUCAAGCUCGUUGAGCAGGUCAAGGCUGUGGCUGAAAAGAAGGAUAUUACCCCAGCACAACUCGCAAUUAACUGGGUGAGAGGUCUGAAUGGCCACGACGGAUUGCCUACUAUAAUCCCAGCACCAGGAGCAACCACGGCGGCCAGAGUAGAGGAAAAUGCUCAACGCUGCCAGCUUUCGGAAGACGAGAUGAAGACCUUGGAAAAGAUAGCAGAUGAGUUUGAGGUAUCCGGAGGGCGAUACCCAGACGGCAUGCCAAUGGAGACUUAG